AUGUAUGUUGGACUUCGCCUUCAAAUAAUCAUCAGCUUCCUCUUUCUUCUCGCUCAUCGCUUCUCUUCUUUCUCACGCAAAGUACAGGCCACGCUCAUGGCGAGUUCCAACAUCAUUACGAACGGUGACUUCUCUGCUAGGACUGAGUCUUGGUACUCAGACGGAUGCGAAGCAUUUGUAGUUUCCUCCGACCCGUUUAGCUCAGAUUCAAUCUCCGAAUCCUCGAGCUGUGGCUACGCCGUUGUGACUAACAGGAAAGAAACUUGGCAAGGCCUUGAACAAGACAUCACAACCCAGGUUUCUCCUGGUAUCACCUAUGCCGUAAAAGCUUCUGUUGGUGUCUCUGGUCCUUCCCAUGAACCAGCUGAGGUUCUUGCCACCGCGAGGCUCGAGUAUGAAGACUCUUCCACCAAGUAUUUAUCCAUCGGAAAAACAUAUGCUUCAGGAGACAAGUGGGUUGAUCUUGAAGGAACGUUUGAGAUAUCAAACAUGCCUGAUCGUGUUGUUUUCUAUUUGGAAGGUCCAGCUCCAGGGAAAGAUCUCCUUAUACGCUCUGUGACCGUUAGGUCCAGCUCCAGGGAAACCGGAGAAGCGUCCAGUGUCUUUCCUGGUGCUUUGGAUAUCGUUAAGAACCAUGACUUCUCUGACGGUUUGUAUCCUUGGAACUCCAACAGCUGUGAUUCGUUUGCUGUUAUCAACAAUGACUGUGACUUAGGGUCACGCGCGGUUGUUAAUAACCGGAGCGAGACCUGGGAGGGGCUGGAGCAAGAUAUCACAGACAGAGUUUCCCCUGGUUAUUCAUAUAAAGUCUCUGCUAUUGUUAGUGUAUCAGGACCUGUUCAUGAGCCUGCGCAGGUCUUGGCCACUUUGAAGUUAGAGAGCCAAAGCUCCGGAACCGAAUUUAAAGAGAUUGGAAAAACCUAUGCUUCGAAAGAUGUUUGGAAAACUCUGGAAGGCACUUUCGUGUUGUCAGAAAAAGCUGACCGUGUUGUGUUCUACUUGGAAGGUCCACCUCCUGGGAUUGACCUUCUUAUCAAGUCUGUCACCAUCCAUUGCAAAAGUAAUAAUCAGUUUGAGAGAAGCCGAGAAUUCCGCUCAGCUCCUGAAGCUGAUGAUCAUCACAUUUUUCUGAAUUCAAGCUUUUCCGAUGGCCUCAAACAUUGGUCUGGAAGAGGAUGCAAUCUUGUGUUACAUGAGUCUCUAGCGGGUGGGGAGAUACUACCGCAUUCUGGAACAUGCUUUGCUUCUGCAGUAGAGCGCACACAUAACUGGAGCGGAAUUGAGCAGGAUAUAACAGAUAGAGUCCACCGAAAAGUCAUUUAUGAAGCAUCUUCCCUUGUCAGACUAUCGCAUAGCAAACACAACGUGCAAGCGACUUUGUAUGUUCAGUACCUUGACCAACGUAAAGAGUACAUAAGCAUUUCCAGUGUUGAUGCAAACAGUGACGACUGGGUACAGUUGAAAGGGAGGUUCCUGUUGAAUGGAACUCCAGCAAGAGCAGUUGUUUACAUUGAAGGACCACCACCAAGCACAGAUGUUUUUGUCGACCAUUUCAAUGUAAAGCAUGCAGAGAAAAGCCCUCCUGCAGGACGGCCAUAUAUCGAGAGUCAUGCUUUCGGGAUGAACAUAGUUUCAAAUAGCCACCUAAGCGAUGGCACACUUGAAGGUUGGUUCAAUUUUGGAGACUGUGAUUUAAGAGUUGGAGAAGGCUCUCCUCGUAUAUUACCUCCGUUGGCGAGAGACGCUCUUAGAACAACACAUGAUGAAUACCUAUCCGGACGAUACGUGGUUGCAACAAAACGAAGUGGAACAUGGAUGGGUCCUGCUCAGACGAUAACUGAUAAAGUGAAGCUUUUUGUCACAUACCAGGUCUCAGCUUGGGUUAAAGUUGGCUCAGGAGGCCUUACUUGUCCACAGGACGUGAAUAUCGCGCUAAGUGUUGAUGGUCAAUGGGUUAACGGAGGAGAAGUAGAGGUCGAUGAUGGCGAUUGGCAUGAAGUUGUGGGAUCUUUUAGAAUCGAGAAGCAAGCCGAAGAAGUUUUGCUUUAUGUCCAAGGACCGUCUCCUGGUGUUGAUCUUAUGGUUUCAGGUCUCCAGAUUUUCGCUGUUGAUCGGAAGGCACGGUUGAGUUAUCUGAGAGGACAAGCUGAUGUGGUUCGUAAACGCGAUGUUCGCCUCAAAGUCUCAGGUUUAGAUGCUAGCGAAUUGCUUGGUGCAACGGUGAAUAUCAGACAGACGCGUAAUAGCUUCCCACUCGGGUCGUGCAUUAAUCGAAGCAAUAUAGAUAACGAAGACUUUGUCGAUUUCUUCGUAAACAAUUUCGACUGGGCAGUGUUUGGUAACGAGCUGAAAUGGUACUGGACAGAGCCAGAGCAAGGGAGCUUCAACUACCGUGACGCAGACGAUAUGCUCGGAUUCUGCGAGAAGUACAACAUAGAGACCCGAGGCCAUUGCAUAUUCUGGGAGGUCGAGUCAUAUGUUCAACCGUGGGUCCAACAGCUGAGCGACUGUGAGCUAGAAGCAGCGGUUGAGAGCCGCGUCACUGACCUUCUAACCCGUUACAACGGGAAGUUUAGACACUAUGAUGUGAACAAUGAAAUGCUUCACGGAUCAUUCUAUCGAGAUCGACUAGGCUCUGAUGCAAGAGCAAGAAAGUUCAGGACCGCGCACGAGUUAGACCCGUUAGCGACUCUGUUUCUCAAUGAGUACCACAUAGAAGACGGGCAUGACGGGAAGUCAUCGCCAGAGAAGUACAUAGAACUCGUCCGCGAGUUGCAGAAAAAGGGUGCACCAGUGGGAGGGAUCGCGAUUCAAGGGCAUAUAACGUGUCCUGUAGGUCACAUUGUUCGUUCUGCGCUAGACAAGCUAAGCACGCUAGGGUUACCGAUCUGGUUCACGGAGCUUGAUGUGUCUUCGGUUAACGAACACGUGAGAGGAGAUGAUCUGGAGGUGAUGAUGUGGGAAGCAUUUGCUCAUCCUGCGGUUGAAGGAGUGAUGCUUUGGGGAUUCUGGGAGCUGUUUAUGAGCAGAGAGCAUUCGCAUUUGGUGAAUGCGGACGGAGAGGUUAACGAAGCUGGGAAGAGGUUUCUUGAGAUCAAACGCGAGUGGUUGAGUUUUGUGGAUGGAGUGAUUGAGGAUGAAGGAGGGUUUGAGUUUAGAGGUUAUCAUGGGAGUUACACUGUGGAAGUUGUUACUUCGGAGGGGAAGUAUGUGAAGAACUUUGUUGUUGACAAAGGAAACUCUCCGGUUGAUAUCAUUGUAGAUCUUUAA